GCAUUGAAGAGUGACAUGGAUAGGACCGGCUCAUGUGGAGGACAGAAAGUCCCCUUUGCACACAGCUGUAUCUGCCAAGGCACUGCCCUACUUCAUGGGGCUGGGAGCUCUUCUGCACCCCUGAGGUGUCGCCCGCGGGCGGGCAGGGCCAGAAGCUGUUUCCUCACAGAAAACGCGAGAGGGAGCCGCAGGCAACGGCGACACCCACCCGCGUGUGAGGGGCCGGCGGCGGGAACACGGUGUGAGAGCACAGUCCAUGAUUUGACAGUCCACCGCGCAACUCCUGAGGAUAUUCUGCGUCGCCAUGAAAUACACAAAUCAAAAAACAAAGCACUGGCACAUCUGGAACUGCAAGAGAAAGCACUGAAAAGAAAUUGGAAGAAGCAAAACCAACUAGCUGCUGAUUCAGUGGAGAAAAGGAAAUUGAAUCUGAUGCGUGAGAUUCUGUCUGAUCAAUACCAUUUGCAAGAUGUAUUGGAACAAUCUGAUCAGGUUAUGGCUGUGGCAAGAAAUUUGUUUGGGAAUGCUCCUCGCACACGAACAGGUUUCCCUAAUGUAACAGUGGCUCCUAACUGUGACCCAGAAUCCUCUCAAGGACCCAUUGUACAAAAAUGUGAUCAUCCCAAUCAGCUUUCAAUCCUUAGUGACACUGUAAUGGAUUCCCAGGCUCUUAAUGAAGUAGAAGAGGAAGCAUUAUCAAUGUAUCAAUCAGAAGAUGGACACCAUGACUCUCUGCAUUUCAAAUCCAGCAUAAAUUCUGAUAGGCUACUUCGAUUAUUGAGAGAAGAAAAUUCCUUGGUGAAUUCCCAGUUGUGGGCUGAAAAGGAUAUGAGAAAAACUACUUUAUCACAAGAAUCAAAUGUGCCUUUGACUCCAACAACUGUUUCUCCAUCAUUGGAUCGUUCAGCCCUCAAUGCUACCAAUGUAGUCAAGAGAAUCCAUUCAAGACUUCAGAAUGAAGAUGAAGGAGAGACUAUAGACUCCGCUUACACUGUGAGACAAGUGCUGAACCCAAACUCAAGGAAACAAAAGCAUAUCGCAGCAAAAAUGAAAAGAAAACAAGCUGCAGAGAACUCUGCAAGACAGAGGAGAGUUGAUUCUCCAGCUAAUUCAAUUGCCAUUGAUCUUCGAAGCAGCAACAUAUCCAGCCUAGAUGUUCUCAACCACAUGAUACAUGAAGUGGAGCAUGAAUUGGAGGAAUACGAGCGAUGUACAGGCCGUGAGGUUCAAAAAACUGAGAGAAGUGAAGGCCUCAGCGGGUUUACCGUGUCACUGGUGAAUGCUCUCUGUCGAUUGAUGCGCUAUCUCAAAGAGAGUGAAAUGCAGCUGCGUGAGAAAGAGCUGAUGAGACAGCAGCAUGAGCAGAUGUUGAAUGAACAUAGAGAACUGAUUGAUGCUCUGACUGCAGAAAUACUUCUAGUGAGGGAAGAAAACACUAUUAUACAGAAGAAGCUUCAGGAAUACAGGAUGGUAACAGAUGAACAGCUGAUCUCUCUCACACAAGCAUUUAAAGGCCUCCCUUUGGCUGAACCCAGAAGAGAUCGAAGUCUAAACCAUUUUGGAAUUGCAGGCAAAGGUCCAGUGAACAGCCAAGGAAAACCUGAUUUGAGCUAUUUUGAGCCUAGGGCUGAUACAGGCAACAGGGAAAGUAUGCUGAAAUUCCCACAGGAAGAACUUCCUUUGAAGUUUCUCCAGAGGUCAGGUGCUUCAGGUGAUGUGGGAGCUGGUAGAAGCUUGCCGUCUCACAUCUUCCAGCCAGCUGUGCUGUUGUCACCCCCCCGGCAGAAGAGCAGCCAGGAGUUGUCUCCCCUCCAGAAUGUGUGUACAGCCAUUUCUCAGCCUCCCGAAAACACCAAAAGCGAACCAUGCAAGGAAAAGAGCUCACCUUCCUCCCUGAGAAUGCAGAGCACAACUGAGGAAAACUGCCUUACCUUUCAAAGGCAAGCAAUUCCUCCUGCAGACAAAGACUUGGAGAGUUCCCAUGAGAAAAUCAGUCUGCCCUGCCCAGGUGACACUAGAAAAAACAGCACAGCUGAAGAGUUAUUUCAAAACAGUGAUCUGCUGAGACAGAUAGCUGAGCUCACACGGCAGAACUCUCUAAUUAAAGCUCAGCUGAGCAGAUUCAUAGGCUUCUCAGAAGACACAAAUGAUUGCCUACGCCAGCCAGACCCAAUGCAAAAUGCAAAUCCUAGUCCAGACUCUUCACAACAACAGACUCAUCUCCUGGUAUCAAAGAGCUUGGAGGAAAGAAUAGCAGAGCUGAAUCGUCAGAGUACAGAGGCACGUGAUAAACUGUUGCAGCUCAUAGACCAGCAGAAAUUAGCUGCUGCUGAUAAGGUCCCUCCAACGGUAACUCCUGUUCUGCCCCCAUCCCUAAACUGCACUGAAAAUGCAAGGCGGAAAAUUGAAGUGUCUAUUCCUGUGGCAGUUGCUAUGGAUAGCACCAAAGAAGAUAGUGUUUCCCCUGCCAGUAUGACCAAUAUAAGAAGGUCUGUAGGAGACUCUAGCAAACCUUGUUCACCUGUAAGUGCUACAUCAGGAAGUGUGAAAUCAAAUCCUGUCAGCCAAAGGCCAAAGGUGGAAAAGCAAAAAGAAGAAGGCUGGUUUGCAUUGUCAAUGCACAUUAUGUAAAGGAAGAUGCACUCAAGUCCUAUAUUUUUACAUUUUUUUUAAUGAACCACAAUUAACAGUAGUCCCCCUCUCCAGAUGUACAGUUUGACUCUGAAGUGCUUUCAUGUCAGUGCCAUUGGUAUAAAAAGGUCCAUAUGCUUAUUCUAUUUGACCCAUACAGAGCACUAUAGAAAGUCCUGGGAAUGAGUUUCUGAACUGGACAUGCUGCUGUGACACUACUCCCUUUUCACUGAAUAAACCUUUCCCAAAAUUGUAAGCCAAGGCUACUGUAGCAGUACAAAUGAGAAUCUGAUAUUGGUGUUAGAUACGCUCAAGGCAGGAGGUUUUAGAAACUGUGUGUGAAACUUUCUAGAGCAUGUAUUCCCAUAAGAUAUGGGAAUGAAAAAAUCAAGAAAAACUGAGAUGAGGGCAUGUGCCUGUGUUCAAAAGCUACCUGAAGAUUAGGAAACCAGUCUGUUCCUGCUGGAUAAGAAUUUGUGUCAGAAAUAAUUUGUCCUGCAGUUUACAGUUGCUCCCCAAGGUUGUGUUUUCUCUGCAAUUAAAAUGCCAGGGAUUGCAUCUGGAGUUGAGGAUUGCUUUUUUAAAAAUUCAUUUUUUUAUAGUAAAUAUAAAGUUACUAUUUGAAGCUGAAAUCAGAAUCUUUAUUUACUAUGUACCAAAGUAUAUUCUUUUAUGCAAUAGAAAACUGAUAUAGGCACAGUUGUAUUAAGCUGUUUUGUGUGUGUAUAAUACUGUAGUGACAAUGUUUUUUAUAUUGUUUUUAUUUAACUUUUAAAAUUACCCAUCAUUUUAUUAUUAACAACAAUAAAAUCUGUGACUGUCAGGAAA